AUGGUCGAACAACGGAUUUUUUCCGACGAGCAUCAAAAAAACCACACACGGGCGCGGCGGGCGGUUGUUAACUCGCGCGGUGUCCUUGUUUGUCCUUCGCGCGGCGGACAAAAACACCGGAGCGGGGCAAAAAAGUCGGCCGAUUGUGACGUCACCCCACGGGGAGGGCAAUUAUUCGGCGCCCGGGCGAACAUGCACCGGCCGCAUAUACCGGCUAAUUAUAGGACCCUCGUAUCGAAACUAUGGACGCUGCUGUGGCACGGC